AUGAUUGAUAGUGACGGUCAUAAUAUGCCACUUGAGCAAAACAACACUGUAAAUGCUGCUGCGUCUCUUUUAGCCGAAUCGACAAAUUUUGACCCGAUUGGGCACACAUUAAUUGGAAUAUAUCUAACAGUAAUGGCAGUAUUAGGGGUUACUGGAAAUACGUUAGUUUUAGUGACAUUCUGGCGAAAACGGGAGCUUCUUUCGCCGACGUAUGCUAUCGUAUUAGCACUAACAAUUUGCGAUCUUAUCAUGUCUGUAGCAGGUACACCAUUUUCAGCAGCUUCUAGUCUCGCUCAAGGAUGGCUGUUUGGGUCUAUUGGAUGCAAAUGGGAAGCGUUUAUAACUUUCUUUUUAGGUUUAGCUGGACUUUACCUGCUUGCUGCGAUCUCAGUUGAUCGUUAUAUUAUCAUACUGAAGCCAUGCUCAAUCAACUGUUUGACAUACAGAGGAGCGUAUCUUAUGAUAGCGUUCUGUGUCGUCAUUUCACUGUUAUUCUCACUAAUGCCCCUGACCGGUUGGAAUUCGUAUACGCUAGAGGCAGCAAACACUUCGUGCAGUGUAAACUGGAAGGGAAGAACCCCGGGAGAUACUUCUUUUAUUAUCACGAUAUUUCUGGCUUGCUUUGUGCUUCCCGUUGCUGUCAUGGUUUGUUGCUACACAUUUCUUUUUAUUAAAGUUCGUGAAGUUACCCAAAUUCUAGCAAAUGGACCGGGAUCGAACAGGAAGGUGACAAAUCACAAAAAUGCAAUGGAGAUGAAACUGGCUUGGAUGAUAGGAGUUAUGCUUGGUGCCUAUCUUGUAUCAUGGACGCCAUACGCCAUUGUGUCUUUAUGGGCAGCAAUAGGUGAUCCAGAUAGCAUUCCAGUAUUAGCCGCGUUGCUACCAGCGGUGCUUGCUAAGUCAGCGACAGUUUGGAACCCCAUUAUAUACGUUGGAAUGAACAAGAAAUUCCGACAAGCUCUUGGGAAUGUUUUACCCUGUAUGUGCCUCACUCAGGUCAUAGCCCCUGUAGUUUCAGCGCCAAGUGAAGAUGCUAAUAAGACUAUUGUUGGAGAGUUAAAACGGACUAGUAAAAUAAGCGGUGCCAUCACAACAAAAACGCCUAUUCUCAAAACGCCAAAAGCUCAACAAAAAUAG